AUGAUGGUACCGGUGACCUCAAAUCCUUUUGCUGGGGCACCCAAUCGUCGUCCAGGUGAAACUCCACGAGCACGUGGCUGCAACUAUUCGGAUACGGCUAAGGUGCGCAAAGCCUUUGCCAAUUUUAUGUUUCCUUACUGCGGCGCCACGUGCCUCUUCGACUUUGACAACAGCUCUAUUUCUUUCAACUGGGAUCCUUUUGAUCACUGUUGGCGACGACAUUUAGAAGGCCCCUGUGGUCCUCCGGGCGAGCGGGCGCUGGUGCGCAAGCGCCGCACGCUCUUCUGUUGA